AUGGCGGACCGGCGACGCGCGUGGAACACAGAGGACGACCUGCCGGUGUACCUGGCGCGACCUGGCAGCGCGGCGCAGACCCCGCGCCAGAAGUACGGCGGCAUGUUUGCGGCGGUGGAGGGCGCCUACGAGAACAAGACCAUCGACUUCGACGCGUACAGCGUGGGCCGCCGCGGCUCUGCGCGCACGCCCCGCAGCUCUGGCCGGCUGGAUGCGUCCGGCAUUCCGGGCCCCGGCGGCAGCGAGGACACAGCCAGCGACCUGAGCGACCCCUCGGGCUCUGCCGUCAGUUCGCCCGGAGAGCGCGAUGAGCGGCCGCCCGCACUGCGCAUCCGCUGCCCAGCGCCCCGGGAUCUGCCGCUCGGCCGGGACAAUGGCCAGAGCGACCGCCUGUUCAUCAAAGGUGGCCGUGUCAUCAACGACGACCAGUCUUUCUACGCUGACGUCUACCUGGAGGACGGGCUCAUCAAACAAAUAGGAGAGAAUUUAAUAGUCCCUGGUGGAGUGAAGACCAUUGAGGCCAAUGGGCGAAUGGUCAUUCCUGGAGGCAUUGAUGUCAACACCUACCUGCAGAAACCCUCCCAGGGCAUGACUGCAGCUGACGACUUCUUCCAGGGGACCCGGGCAGCCCUAGCAGGCGGAACCACCAUGAUCAUUGACCAUGUUGUCCCUGAACGUGGGUCCAGCCUGCUGACCUCCUUUGAGAAGUGGCAUGAAGCAGCCGAUACCAAAUCCUGCUGUGACUACUCUCUCCAUGUGGACAUCACAAGCUGGUACGAUGGUGUUCGGGAGGAGCUGGAGGUGCUGGUGCAGGACAAAGGUGUCAAUUCCUUUCAAGUCUACAUGGCCUACAAGGACCUCUACCAAAUGUCUGAUAGCCAGCUCUAUGAAGCCUUUACCUUUCUGAAGGGCCUGGGAGCUGUGAUUCUGGUCCAUGCAGAAAAUGGAGACUUGAUCGCUCAGGAACAGAAGCGGAUCUUAGAGAUGGGUAUCACGGGUCCUGAGGGCCAUGCUCUGAGCAGACCUGAAGAGCUUGAGGCUGAGGCUGUGUUCCGGGCCAUCACCAUUGCCGGCCGCAUCAACUGCCCCGUGUACAUCACCAAGGUGAUGAGCAAGAGUGCAGCAGACAUCAUCGCACUGGCCAGGAAGAAAGGUCCUCUUGUCUUUGGGGAGCCCAUUGCCGCCAGCCUGGGGACGGAUGGCACCCACUAUUGGAGCAAGAACUGGGCCAAGGCGGCUUCCUUUGUGACGGCCCCACCCCUGAGCCCAGACCCCACCACGCCUGACCACCUCACCUCCCUGCUGGCCUGCGGAGACCUGCAGGUGACAGGCAGCAGUCACUGCCCCUACAGCACGGCCCAGAAGGCAGUGGGCAAGGACAACUUCAUGCUAAUCCCUGAGGGCGUCAACGGGGUUGAGGAGCGCAUGGCUGUCGUCUGGGACAAGGCGGUGGCCACUGGCAAGAUGGACGAGAACCAGUUUGUGGCUGUCACCAGCACCAAUGCCGCCAAGAUCUUCAACCUGUACCCCAGGAAAGGGCGGAUUGCUGUGGGCUCAGAUGCCGACGUGGUCAUCUGGGACCCUGACCGGGUGAAGACCAUCACAGCCAAGAGCCACAAGUCGGCUGUUGAGUACAACAUCUUCGAAGGCAUGGAGUGCCACGGCGCCCCCCUGGUGGUCAUCAGCCAGGGCAAGAUCGUCUUCGAGGAUGGAAACACAAAUGUGAACAAGGGCGUGGGCCGCUUCAUUCCCCGGAAGCCUUUCCCUGAGCACCUGUACCAGCGUGUCAAGAUUCGGAGUAAGGUGUCUGGGCUGCAAGGUGUCUCCAGAGGCAUGUACGACGGCCCUGUGUACGAGGUGCCAGCUACACCCAAAUAUGCAACCCCUGCUCCUUCAGCCAAGUCCUCACCCUCCAAACACCAGCCUCCACCCAUCAGGAACCUUCACCAGUCCAACUUCAGUUUAUCAGGUGCCCAGAUCGAUGACAACAACCCCCGGCGCACUGGCCACCGCAUAGUCGCUCCCCCCGGUGGCCGCUCCAACAUCACCAGCCUCGGCUGACAGGCAAGCGAAGGAGUCUGGAAUUACAUCUGUUCCUGGCACUGUGGGUGUUCUAGAAACCCACAGUUCCAUUUGGUACUGAUGGGGAAUUGAGUGAUGUCCUCUCUAUUUUUGUUUAGGAAGAAGCGGUACUAGUGUGGUGUGUUUGCUUGGAAAUACCUUGCCCCACAGUUGUGUACUUAUAUGGACUCACCUCAGAGCAUGGUGUCUUCAUUCCUUCCUAGUGACCCCAGGUGGCCUUGUCUCGUACUGUCCCCCCACUCCCAGCCCCAUGGCUCCAUGAUUCUCUGAGUGCUGGCUCCUUGUACCGUGUAGCUGUUUUAGGAUAGUCAAUGCAUGUCCCUAAAUUGUGUAUGCAAGUCUUCGAGUAUGUCUCACAAAACACGCCAAGGACCGACAUUGGCACGACGCCAAGACCUCAACCCUUGAAGCAGUUCCAAAACUCCUAAGUUGAAGAUGUUUACUCACUGCUCCUCCCCAAGUCUACCCUAGAAAGAAGCCCUCUCCACCCCACCCCCACUGAGAUCUCCUGCGAAUCCUCAGAAAGGCAGGGCCACUGCACUUGGCUGCAGAAAAGCACCAUCUACGUCCUGAGUCAGAAACACUCAUCUCAGCGACUGUGACUGCUGUCACGUUGCUCUGGUCUGUGUGUCCUUCAGUCAGCUCUGGUCCCACUGAGACAGACUCACACAGAGAGGCAUCUCUCCCUCCUCAUUCAGGCCUGACAGUGGUGGUGGCCGUGGUGGCUACUCCUGGCUUGCCUGAGUCCUGUUCCCUCCAAAGAAGGAUGGGGCAGCCUGAUUUUUAAAGUUUUGUACAAAGGUUUUCUUUGUAGUCACCCCCAUUUUUACUUAACAACCUACUUGUUGUGGCUUUUAUUUCUGAAUUCAAAGCUUGUGAAAAAAUAAAGA